CUGACAUCGACAAGGCAUGACAUAUGAGAUUUAGUCUGAAAUACCUCUUUGCCCUGCCUUACUUAUCUAAAUUAUCCGAUUUCUUUUAGAUUUAAGAAUUUUAAUUCGAAUCCAAUAAGUAAUUGGAAAUAAAGUAUAUCCUAUUUAGUACAAAAACACUGCAGCCAGAGUUUAUUUACUCAAAGUGAUAUUACAAAUUGGAAAGAUUAAAGAUCGUUCUAUAUAAACUAAUAAUCAAUCGAAAUAAAUAUAUAUAAUUGCAAUAUGAGUAAUGUUGAAAUUACUGAAGUAAAUGAACUAAAUGGCAAUGUAAAUCAAGAUAAAGUGCGAAAAGGAUGGGUUAAAUUCGACGAUGAAUCUCCAAAGUCCGCAGAAAACGAAGUGCCACCAAGUGUUUCCUCCCCAGAAGGAGCGAGUACUUCUGCAACAGCUCAGUCUGCUGCAGUACUGAAAACGGAAACCGUACAUAUAAACUUGGAAAGAGGAGAUAAAAACAUUGAGCCCAUAUCAUUAGGUACAUUAUCCAAAAAUGUCGAGUUUGUUAAUGUUCGUCAAGGAUUCUCUAAUGGUGAUAUUAUUGUGACUCUGCUGCCUGUGAACACGAAAUGGCCCUGGGUGACAGCAGCACACUUUCGGCCAGAACUAGUGCCAGAGGAGCUCAUGGCUCAGGGACUAACUCUGACAGUGGAGGAGUAUGUUCAUGCAAUGGAACUGCUUAUUAACGAUGCUCGUUUUACAUUGUAUAACAUAUGCUACAAGCGUGUGCUUGUUUGUUGGAUAACGCUUGCAUUUCUUGUGCUGCUAGCACUGUUGUUUUCUGGCCUGACUGGACUGAUAUUGUUUUCAUUGGGUGUGUUAUGGCUGAUUCUCAACGCAGCUGCAAUUUUCCUGUGCAUGUGGAUAAAGUUGAGAUUAUCAAAAGGAUUGGAACAAUGUUUAGCAAGAGUUAACAAACUGCUAAGUAAACAUAAAUUGAUCCUAGCACUUGAUGAUAGAGGAAAGAUUUCAUGUCAUAAAGUAAAUCUAUGCUUUAUUUACUUUGAUUCUGGACCAUGUAUUGCACACAUACAACAGUUCAUUGAAAGUGAAGAAGGUAAAACAAUAAUGCAGGGCUGGGAACAGAGACUGGAUGUGCCAACUAAUGAUAUUGUAAUCCAAGGAACACAGUCAACCAGGUUGUCCAGAAAACAGGAAAGGGGGUGUCUUCUAUAUCUGCGGUAUGCUGGCCGCUGGGGGUCACAGGCUGUUAAAAAUAGACUUAACCUCAGCAGCCUGGUGCCUGGUCGCCACGGCGAGAAAUAUGUAUGUCCUUGUCAGUUUAUAGAAGAACACCUUAAGGUCAAACCUCCUGCGGGUAUUGCAAAAUAUUUUACUCUUCCUAACCAAAAUGUUCAAGUUUAUUAACUAACUUCAAAGUAAAUAAACUCAUAUUUUCAAGCAUUCGCUCAUAUCAAAGUACCUAUGUGUAUCUGUCCGUCCAUUUAGUACUAAUAACAUAUCAUUAUAAUUAGAAAUAAAGAAAAACGUACUUAAAUAUCUAUAUGUUUACAUAUUAUAUGUUAUUGUAGUUUAAUAUUAUUAAGGUACACUUAACUAAUAUUGCGCAUACUGCAAUGGUUAAAGAAUAGCGCUCUCAUCGCUCUGGGAUGCCUCAUAUGUCUUGUUACCCGCACGAAUAUUUAUGAAUGUGGCUAGACUUAAUUUUUUUUUACAUAGAAUUUCACGUGGUAGCACCACCAUGGUGUACCACCACAUAAUAUACAUUAGUGAUGAGAGCUGUUCUUAUAAAUCAUAAGAGUUGCCAUAAGUCUAUUUACGAAUUCGGCCAAAGUUUGGGUAAACAAAGAUGUUUAUUUUUUAUUAUUAUCUCACGAAAUGCUCAAUUUCUAUCAUUUUACUUAACAGCAAUAUCAUUUUUAAGAUGAGAUGCAUUAUUAUAUAAACCUUAAUCUCAAAUUAAAUCUCAGCUUAUUUUAUUCAAAUUGUGUUUUAUACUUUAUAUAAUUAGGUUGUUUUAUCAAGUAUUUGUUUCUAGUGGCCAUACAUUUAAGUUUUUACUGUUGUACAGAAAUAAGUAAUUUUAUUGGAAUAUACUUUAGUUUUGGAAAAAAUCUGCUUUUGUCGUAGUCUUUACAAGUUUAGAAAUUAAGCAUAUUUAUUAAAGUACUUAUUUACCUUAUGGCAUAUUAUAUCGAUUACCUUUAUAAAUACAAGAAUAAAAACUUUAUUAUUGUGGUAAUUGCCAAAAUUACCAGUAAGUAUUGUAAAAAUAUAUGAGUCUCAAAAUGUAUAAUGCUAAUACCUAGACACAGAUUUGGAAACAAUGAAAUCACAGUUGCACAGCCUAGUCAUCAACUUCUCAAUGAACUAAUUUAUACACAUCAUCAGUGUGCUGAACUCUAUGUAAAACCAAAGCUCAAAGUGUGAAAUUGUUUCAGAGCUAAUUAUUUUCGAAUGGUUAUUUUUUUAGAUCCUGUUAGUAAUCAUUUAAAAGUAAAUAGCAUUAAGGGUAAAGAGUAUAAUUUUACGAUCGUAAGGGUAUAUAGUGGAAGCAUUACACUUACCAGUUUAAAAAGUGUAUAAGUAAAAUACCUACAUUAAUUACAUUCCGUUUUUUUUUUAAUAUUGUAAAUAAUGCUCGCGUGAUUUUGAGGGAUGUAUAUUUCAAUAAAGAGGAGACAGUGUAUUAUUUGCUAUUACAAUAGGAACGCGGCAAUAGCAUACUAUAUAUAAACAUGAUUAAGUACUAAAAUAUAUGUAAGUGAACAGGUAUUCGUAAUGUUGUGAUUAAUGUAAACUUAUUCCGUCCUAAAUAUGAGAAGUAAUAGGAACUAAAAUAUAUUAAUUAGUAUACCUUUACUUACCUACAUAUUAUUAUUUUUAUGUAAUUACAUUAUGUUGAAUAAUAUAUACAUAUUUUUAAAGUU